AUGGAAGAUGUUUUAGAAAAUAAAAAAUAUGUCUACAAGUAUAAUAAGGAAAAUAGCUAUAUUGAUAUGCAAAGAAAUGAAACAUUCAGAAGUAAUAAAAGUGGUAAUAUGGAUGAAACUGAAAAAGACAUAAAUGAAACUAAUUCUAUAUAUAUAGAAAAUUUACAAGACGAAAAUAAUAAUAUCAAUUUUUAUGACAAUAAUAAUAUCAAUUUUUAUGACAAUAAUAAUAACAAUUUUUAUGAUAAUAAUAAUAACAAUUUUUAUGAUAACAAUAAUAACAAUUUUUAUGAUAACAAUAUUGAAGCUAUAAAACAAGCAAAUGGAGAGAUACAAGAAAAAUAUCAAGCAAACAAUAAAUAUAAUAAUGGAAAUAAUAAAACCCCUUUUGCACAUCACACAAAUGUUAGCAUAAAUAAUAAAGGUGACCAUUUUUAUGAAAUAGACAAUAAAAUAGCUCUCCAAAAACAAACGGCUCAACAUACCAAUCACAAUGUUGGCAAUCACAAUGUUGGCAAUGCCAGUGAUGGCAAUUGCAAUGUGCUGCUGCUGAAUGAUAAAAGUAAUUUUGAAAGGAAUGAAAAAUUUCUUAAUUUUGAAAAAAGCCAAAAAUUGCCUAAUUUUGAAAAGAAUGAAAAAUUGCCUAAUUUUGAGAUAAAAGAAAAUGAGGUUAUUUAUAAUAGUAACAAGACUAAUGAAAGUAAUAAUUUGUAUUCGCCAUAUUAUAAUACUGAGGAAAAGGAAAAGAAACAAAACUCUAUUGGCAUAUAUCAGCUAAAUUAUGUUAACAACAUAAAUAAUGUACAAUUUUUAAAUAGUGCAAACAGUACGAACUGUACUAGUAAUAAUAACAAUGCAAAUGGAAAAAACGAAUUAAUUUAUAAAAAUAGUCUAAAAAAAUUAAAUGAGAACAAGGCACACAUAUAUAAUAACAUUAUGGAUACUCAACAUAAUAACAAUUUUUAUGAACAAAAUAAAUUCAAUAUUUCCAGUAUGCAAAAUAAUAAUAGAAAGAGAGCAUGGAUAGCCCAAAAUGAAAAUGGACAAAAUUAUCUAUACCACAAUAAAGAAACUUAUGAAAAUAAUGUAAAUAACAGAUAUAAUGAAUUUGGUGGCCAUAUUCAUUUAUAUGACAACACCGAAGGAAAUAGCGGAAAAAAUAACGAAGAAAACUUGUGUAAUUAUUAUAAAAAAAAUGAUCGAAAUGAGCAGAAUGAACAAAAUGAGCGAAAAUGUGGCAGGUAUUAUGAAGAGAGUAAAACCCCAUUAGUGAGCCAUGCAUACAUUUACGGUGAAAAUUCUGAACAAUUAAUAAAAGACUAUAACUUAAAAAUAAUGAAUAAGAAAAUACGAAAUGUCUCACCUUUGCACCAUAGAGCAUAUAGUAAUAUAUCGCAUAAGAAGGAAACAAAAAAUAAAAUAAUUUCUAACAUAAAAAGAGAGCAUUUAUUUAGUGAUCAAACUGGUAGUAAUAUAAAAUACCAGUAUAAUAAUUCGCCAUAUCAAAAAAAAAUAAAAGGGAAUAAAAAUAUAUCUCUCUCAGAAAUAGAACAAAAAAAAAACAUCAAUGAAAUAAAUAAAUUUUUAAAUAUAGUAAAUUAUUAUGAAAAUGAUAAAAACAAAAUUAAAGAUAGUGAGGAUGUAUCUGUUAAUCUUGAUCUUGUAAAAACGUUUUCUCCAAAUUUUGAUAAAAAUUCAACAAAAUUGAGUGAAAAUAAUUAUACUGAUAAACUAAAUAAAUGGAAUGAUAAUAAUAAAAUAAGUUAUAAUGAAUUAGGAAAAUUAGAAAAUUAUACAAAAUGUAAAAUGAUGAAUAGUUAUGAAAAUAGUGAAUUAGAAAAUUUUGAAAAAAGAACAAGUUUUAGUUAUAGUGGAAUUUUAACGUCAAUGAUAUCUUCGAUAUUAACACAACAAAACGAUAGAAAAAUAGAAAAAAAUAAUUGUCUAUAUAAUAAUUUUAGAGGUAAUAAUAAUAUUAGCAAAAAUAAAGAAAAUUAUGAAUAUAAUUUAUUAUAUAAUAUUAAAGAUGGAGAAGAAAUAAAAAAUAAAUAUAUAUUUUCAAAAAAAGUAUCAAAUAAAAUCAAUUUAAAAAAUAAAAAAAAUAAUAAUAUAUUAUUAUUAACAUUAACAUUAAUGAUUGGUUUAUCAGUUUUAUGUAAUUUUGAUCAUGGAGCAAUACCAGUUACUUUAGAAGAAAUACAAAAAGAUUUUCCACUUAGUUAUAUUGAACAAUCAUUAUUAGGUAGUUUAGUAUAUUGUGGUUUAAUUUUUGGAACAAUAAUAGCUAGUAUUCUUUUUGAGUUAAUUUCAGCAAAAUGGUUAGUAACUAUUAGUAUCAUUUUAUUAUCUAUAUCAUUAUAUAUAUUUAGUAAUGCUAAUGGAAUCAUUGUUAUGUAUAUAUCUAGAUUUGUUAAUGGAUUAUGUCAAGCUAUACCUGUUGUUUAUUUACCAGUUUGGGUUGAUAUAUUUUCUCCUGAAGAAAAAGCAACACAAUGGAUGUCUUAUAUACAAUUAGCAUCAAUUGGUGGAACUGUUUUUGGCUAUUUUUUAGGAGGGAUAUUAUCUAAUAAUUAUAAUCAAAAUAAUAUUUUAUUUAAUAAUAUGUCUUUUGUAACAACAUGGAGAUCACCAUUUUUAAUGCAAGCUUUUUUAUUAUUACCUAUUUUUUUAAUCAUGAUUUUUAUUCCAUCUAGUAUGAUAAAUAUAAGUUCUAAAUAUUCAGAUAUUGAAACAGAAGAAAUCGAAAAUAAUAAUAAAAUAAAUGAAAAAGAAUUUGGAAACUCAAAUUUUGAUAAUUUAGGAAUGGAUGAAUAUAAUGAAAUGACAUUAAAUAGCCAAUCUAACAUAUUAACUAAUUUAAAUAAAAAAAAAAAAUAUAUAUUACCAUAUCAAAAUCAACAAAAUAAUAUCAAUCGUAAAAAUUAUAAUAGAUCAGCUACAUAUAUUAUGGAACAAAAAACAAAUAUUUUAAGAAAAACGUUUAAAGAAGUUAAAAAAUUAUUAAAUAAUAAAUUAUAUAUAAUAAUAACAUUAGGUAUGAGUAAUUUAUAUUUUGUUGUUACCGGUAUUCAAUUUUGGAUUACCGAAUAUAUGUCUGUUGUUUUAUUAACUGAAAAAAUGAAAAUCGUUACAGUUUCAACAUUAUGUUUUUUAACAUCUCCUACAUCUGGUGUAUGGUUUGGUGGAUUUAUUUGUGAUCUAUUUGGUGGAUAUAAAAAUACAAAUUAUUCAAAAACAAUUAAAGUGGCCACUGCCUUUGCAAUAUCUGCUUGUAUAUUUGGAAUUUUAUCUGCUCAUUUAACAAAUUUUAUAUUUUUCUCAAUUUCUUUGUGGCUCUGUUUGUUUACUGGUUCUGCUCUUGUCCCCGUCGCAGUAGGAAUGUUAUUGUCAUGUGUAAGUAACCAUCAGAAAAGUUUAUCCUCCGCUGUGUCUCAAGUUAUAUACAAUGUAUUUGGUUGGUUUUCUGCACCGUUAUUAUCCGGAAUUAUCAUGGACAUAAUGCACAAAUAUACCAACAAUAACCGAUUGGCUUUAAAGGCCGGUUUUACCAUGAUCCUUUAUUCCAGUUGUAUCGGUUUCUUCCUAUUAUUAUAUGCGAACUUUUUGGAUUUUUCUGAUAAAAAAGGAAAUGAAGAAUCUCAUGAAUUAGAGGAACCUCUGAUGUAA